AUGGCAACCUGCUUCCGUGGGUCGGCGUGGCAUGCUCUGACGGGGUUCGAUGGCGGCAGCCUCUUCUGUGCUCUCGUCUCCGUCAAGCGUCGACACCCUCGUACAUGUCAGCUACACCGUCAAGCGGUAUGGAUGUACUCGCGAAUGAUGAGCGACUUGGCCAGGGUGCAGCCGUCUACGAUGAGCACGGAGACCUUGCAUCCAUGGAUGGGGUUCAGUAGUAGUCGGCCCCGACUGGGAGCAGGGGGCUGGAUAACGAUGAACGAAACAGACGUCAAGAUCGAAAAGAGGAAGGCUACUGCCGAUGGAUUCGUUGGGAUGCCGGAGCCGAGGAGGGGCUCCCAGACGCUCACAGGAGAGGCGACGGCGGUAGAUGUAGUUCCUGAUGGGAUCGGCCUUGGCGUACGCCUCCUUGUGACCUCGUCCGCCUCCGCAGGAUUCACCCGUCCCCUUGUCUCUAUCUAA